CCGAAAUUGAAAUCAAAACCAGCAAAAUGUCCACUCCCCAACUCGUCCUCCCCCGUCCAGGAACCACCAACCCCCAAGACAAGAUUUCCUCCAUCUCCGCCCCCUCCGAAUCCUCCUUCAUCGCCACCUUCGGCUCUCUUCUCCCUGCAGCAUCCUACCUGCAGACCCCCCACGGCCGCGCCGCCUACUACUCCCUCCCGCCCUCGUCGCAAUCAACCACGUCCAUAUCGCACGUCCUCCUCAUCCACGGCGUCCAAACCCCCUCCAUCGGCCUGUAUCCUCUCGUCCGGUCCCUCUCCGCCCUCUCCCCAUCCACACACUACAUCCUUCUCGACCUCUGGGGCCACGGGCUCUCCGACACCCCUGUUGCGCCUCACACGCCAGAGCUCUUCCACGACCUGAUCUCCGCCCUCCUGGAUCAUCUAGCAUGGAAAACUUUCCACCUGAUCGGAUACUCGUUCGGCGGGUCUACGGUAGUUAGCUUCGCGGGUAGGUAUCCGGAGCGGGCAUUGUCUAUGGCGCUGAUUGCGCCAGCGGGGUUGAUUCCCUCGAAGGGGUUUAGUGAGGUGGAACGGGGGUAUUUGGACCCUCGAAAGGGCAACGGGGACGCAGAGCAUGAAAGAAAAGCGAGGGAAUGGAUUCUUGACUUCCUCGAGGGUGGGGAGUUGGUUGUUCCGGCGGACUGGGAGGAGAGGGUUUCGCGGGGGGAGGUGGUUGCGGAGGCGGUUCGGGAUGUGGUGGGUGUGUUUCGGGACGGAGGGGUCUUGGAUCGACAUGCGGUGUUCGAGGAGGUGAUGAGACGGGGCGAGGUGUGGGGUUUUAGUGUGCUGGGGGAGUUGGAUGGGGUUUGUGGUCUUGGGGAUUUGGAGGCGGUUGGGAUGCGGAAGGAGGAUGUGGUGGUUGUCAAGGGGGUUGGGCAUGCGGUGGUUAGGGAGAGGGCCGAGGAGGUGGCACAGUUGAUUGAGGGGUUUUGGAAGAAGGUUUAGAUUGUGUGCUCAUGGUUAGGGAUGUGUGGUUUAUAGUGUGUGAGGUUGUAUACCAAGGCAGACUGGAGGCUAUAAACUGAGAGAUAGAAUCGGUAUACUGCAGUGAUUCUUGGCAAUCUAUGGUGACAGUGAUAGUAUGCAGUUUACGUCUUGUUGAUAUACUUUCGCAUAGAAGAGAAUUGAAUAUGCAGGCAAGAUAAAA